AUGUCGCAGCCCCAUUUGCAGCUCUUUAAUUGCCUUCGAGAUAGUAACGAGAACUCUGGGUUCCCUCUCUUCCCUCUCCUACCACCCGAACUGCGCCUGAAAAUAUGGAACUACUCGCUGCAACACCCGCGCAUCAUAACGGUCCGUUUCGAGGUUCGCACGGACAGACAAGUAGACGAAGAUGGAGGAAGUACCCGGUAUCGCGCCAUUGUGGACGGACAUCAGUUGAUGAGCAAGUUAAUGCGAGUCAAUAGCGAAGCAAGAGAGGCAGCAUUGAGUUUUUACCGGGUUCAUAUACCGUGCACGCUGAUGCAUGGGAUUUCGGGCGAAGAGGUUAUGAAACCAGGGACUUUUUAUUUCAAUCCGGAGUACGACUUUCUUUGGAUAUACCCGGGGAUUUUGGCAAAAAAUACUUUGCUGGAUUUUAUAUACCAUCUGAAGCACACGCAUGAUCCUUGCCGUGUUGGUUUGCUCAACCUCGCGCUGGACACGCACAGUCUGAACGCGACUGAUCUCAACCUAUUAGAGCCAGCAAACCUCAAUGCCGAGCACAGAGACGCCUUUGUUGGAACAGUCAGCCAGCUGCGAGAGGUCUUUUUUGUCGAGAAGGUGCACACGGGACGUCAAGUUCUGGGUCUCUUGAGCGGGAUUCCGACAUCUGAGACAAUGUUCAACCGCUCCUUCCCGAUCAUGGCGACGACACCAAACUUUGAGCGUUUACGACAUGAUCCCCGCCAUAUCGCAGACGACUUGAAACGAGUAUAUGUGGAGAGCGAUCCCCUUGCUUUGCUCCAUCAAUGGCAACGACUACUGAAGAAAUGGGACAUCUCGCCAUCCAGCGUCAAGUAUCGACUCAUGCUGACUUUCAGUCCACCCGGCGGCGAGUUCCCUAUUUUUGACCACGAGAGCGCAAAGAGAUGGGUAGAAAAAGAAGAUUGGGAGUGGACGGGGAAAUGGCGCCUUGACGACAGCUUAACGAAUGCUAACCUAGCACUACGGUAUUUCGACAUCACCAACCAAGUCACGGAGUACCCGAUUGGCUCGUUGCAUGAAAAGUACAAGAAUGAGGAUCUCGAGAAAGCCGUGAAACCAGCUUUUGGGUUCUGGUUGUUUCCGAUGAAUGCGUUUGGGACGUUGCCGCCAGAAGCGGUUUCGGAGGAGGCAUGGUUCCGGCCGUUCACGAAGGAGCUUUUGGAUAUGACAGAGCAUUGGCCUGAGCUUGGGUUGUUGAACUUACCUAGGAUGUCUUGA